AUGGUCACUGAAUUAAUAUCUCGCGUACCUGAACCUUGCGAAUGUUUGCCCUACUUGAUACCUAUAUUAGUCCAGAGACUCGGUCAGCCUGAUUAUGUUGAACCGUCCGAAGAAAUCAGACUUCUUUUAGUUAAACUGGCUCGGCAACUUGUCGAAAUUUCCGGAAAGAGUAUCGGCGUCUACCUCGAUGAUUUUGUGAAAAUUUUGCAAAGAACCAUCGUUGAUUCAUAUCCUGAGGUGAAAAAAGAAAGCUGCUCUUUGGCCUCUUGUCUAUCUAAGAUUAUACCUGAGAAAUUCCACAUGCAGUCUGAAUCUCUAAUAAAUCCGCUACUCCGCAGUCUGACACAUCAACAUUCCAAAGUUCGAAUCUGUGUUGUGGAAGCUAUCGGUGAUGUUAUCCAAAAUGGCAAUAACAAGAGUGUUGAUGAUGUGAGGGGACACUUGGCUCAACGUCUUUUUGAUCAGUCACAAGCAGUGAGGAUGGCAGUCAUUAAAGUAACUGGGGAAUGGUUAUUGAACUUAAUGGACCGCUAUUCAUUUCACCACAAAUUGAUUCCAUUAUUAUUGACUGGUCUUACAGAUGAACAACCACAGAUUACACAAGUAGCAACUGGCUUCUGGCAUGAUAUUGGGCUGAAAUAUGAACAGGAAAAUGAAAAAGAUUUCAAAGACCAAAUGGAUUUUCCCGCAAGCCCACCAGAAAACUAUCCACCAAAUACAACAAGACCAAAUCUAGGCUGUCGUAUGUUGGUUGCCCGCCACAUAUCAAAAAUCCUUCCAUGCCUGAUGAAUGACCUCACUGACUGGGUUGUAGCAACACGUAUUCAAGCUGCCAAACUGCUAUAUCCACUUCUGAUAAAUACCGAGGAAAAAAUUGUCCAACAUCUUCCAUUAAUUUUAAAUGGCAUGUAUUCUUCUUGCAAGGAUAGUGAGAAAGAAGUUGUACAAAAUAUUCUUAAGUCUGCAGAACUCAUUGGCUAUUUUGUGGAAGCAGAGGUCUGGACUGCCCUUAUCCUGGAAGAAUUGUCUAAAUCUCAAUGUCCUUCAGUUCUGAUGGUUCUGGCUGCUAUAAUCAAAGGCUGUAAACAAAAUCAACUCAAGGAUCAUCUUCUUGUUGUUUGUGAUAAACUUGCUUCUCCUGACCUUUGUUAUACAACAAAGGCUAGAAUGUUAGCAGAAUUGGUGAAGUGUAGCAAAAAUAUAAUUCUUGUUUCAAAAGAAGACUGUGUAUCUGUUGGUUUUCAAUUGUUUUCAAUUCUUGUUACUGCCUUGGCCUUGUCUUUUCCUGAAAACAAUUCUGAUGUGGAAUCUCAGGCAAGGAGUUGUCUCUGUGACCUGACUCUUAUGCACCAUAUGACCCCUGGAUCCUGUCAAAUUUAUGCUCAAUACAGUCACCGGUUAGUCAACAAGCUGAAGGAAAAUUACACAGACUGGACAAGUACUUCAUUUGAAGUCAGAAUCUUCGAAACAAUUUUCUUCAAUGUUGGGGUUGAUGUUUUACCAGAGUUGGUAGAUGAUCUCAUUGAAGUUAUGUGUUGUUGCCUAAAUCCUGACAAAGAAGACCAACUUCAAAUGCGAAUGAUGGCUAUGCUUGUGGCUUUACUUUCUCAACAUAUGUCCAAAACAGCGGUGCACCCACUGCGCCACAACUCUUUAUUGCUUCUAAAAAAAAUUGUCAUACCGAACUUGGUUUGGAGGGCUGGACGGAUAGCAAAAUCUAUUCGUUUCUCUGCAAUAUCUACUGCUUGGUCACUAUUCCAAUGUGGCUGUAUCUCUGAUGAAGAUCUGAUGAAGAUAAUAGAUGAAUUGCUCCCCCAAUUAAUGACAACUCUGCAAGAUGAUAAUAAAAAUACUCGUCUUCUCACCUGUCGACUACUCAUUCGUUUACUGGAGAAACUUAGUUGUAUUGAGCCACCAAAUUAUGAUAUGUUGCAUAGCAUCUACCCUCAUCUCUUGACUCGCUUGGAUGAUAAUGAAGAUGAUAUCCGCCUGAUGGUGACCAAUGUGUUUCUGGCAUAUUUUGAUGCUUUAAAUCCUCGUAAAUAUGAUGUUGGCCUAUUUCGAGCUCACUUGGAAGCGUUGUAUAAAGGCCUUGUCAUUCACCUGGAUGACCAGGAGGUAAAAAUUCAAAAAGCAGUAUUUGAUGUGCUGAUGAAGGCUGGUCUACUUGAUAAAGGUUUGCUCAUAACUGAACUUGAGAGAAUAAUGCACAAACAUCGAAGGCAAAACUAUUGUAAACUACUCAUUGAAAAAUUUACACAUAAAUCCAGAAAAUGA